AUGAAAGAGCCUUCCAUCACAACUACCUUUGUCGAGGUUACAGACAAACUCCCCAUAAAGCCUCCAUGUAGGGUGUUUUUUAAAAAUGAAUACGAGCAGCCAUCUGGCAGUUUCAAAUUGAGAGGCAUGGGACAUUUGGUUGGUCAGUCUAUAGAUGUGGCCAAAAAACUUGGGAAAUCGAAUGUGGCAGUUUUUUCGUCGUCUGGUGGCAAUGCAGGAUUGGCAGCUGCUUAUGCCAGUCAAUUUUUUGGGGUAUCCUGUACUGUGGUGUUGCCUGAGAGUUCGAAGCCCACUGUUAUAGAAAAGUUGAAAUCCUUGGGCGCAGAUGUCAUUAUUCAUGGGAAACAUUGGGGCGAAGCUGAUAAUUAUUUAACUGAAUUUGUUAUUAGAAAUCUUGAUAAAACUGUCUAUCCGGUCUAUUGUCAUCCUUUUGAUGAUCCUUUGUUGUGGGAAGGUCAUAGUAAAAUUAUCACAGAAAUCAUUGAUCAAAAGCAAUUACUCAACUUUGAUGACGUAAAGGGAGUCGUUUGUUCAGUAGGAGGCGGCGGCUUAUACAACGGGAUAGUUGAGGGUUUGGAAAAUCAUAAGGAAAUACCAGUGUUAGCAAUUGAAACUAAACAAGCAGCCACGUUUCACGAGGCAGUCAAAGAAGGAAAAGUUGUUCAUUUACGAAAAGUACAAACCUUGGCCACCUCUUUGGCUUCGCCGUAUCUUUCUGCUAAGGCAUUAGCUAACUAUAUAGACCAUCCAACAGCUCUUGCUGAAAUUGAUGACUUGGACGCUGUUAAAGGUGUUGUUGAUUUAUACGAUCAUUUAGGGUAUAUGGUUGAACCUGCAUGUGGCGCCUCCGUGGCAUCGGUGAUGCACAGGCAGGAUGUAUUGAGCGAAUUGGGUAAAUUAAAUCCAAAUGAUAUUGUCAUUGUUGUUGUAUGUGGUGGAUCUGCCAUAAACAAGGAUAUUAUAGACGAAUAUAGAAAUUUAUUAGAGAAAGACUCUUGA